AUGUCACACAAGAAUUACGAUCCACCAAUGCAUACAACCGAACACAUUCUCAACCGUACCAUGGACAAUAUUUUCAAGUGCGGCCGCUCCAUUGGAACACACCUUGAGAAAAAGAAAUCCAAAUGCGAUUAUCCACUCAACAGAGAUUUGACUCCAGAAGAGAAGAAACUCAUCGAGAAUACAGUCAACGGCGUACUUGCCAAGAAUCUUGAAGUUAAGGCUAUCUUCCUUCCUCCUGCCGAGGCUGCAAAGCUUGUCGACAUUUCCAAGCUUCCAGAAGGUGCCACAGAUGCUGAUAUCCGUAUCAUUCAAAUCGGCGACUACGAUAACUGCGCUUGCAUCGGUCCACACGUUGCCAAGACAGGUGAUAUCAAGGGCCGCUUCAAGAUCACAUCUACUUCAUUGGAGCAGAAUGGCAUUUGCCGUAUUAGAUGGACAUGCAAGUAA